AUGGAACCUCAUAGCGAACAACUCACGAAUAGCGCCACCUCAACGUCACAGUUGACGUUACGGUGCAUCAUUGGAGCGGGGGUCAUCGGCCUCUCCACUGCUCAGAGCAUCUACCAGCACUUCCACGACAGGAUCACCCCUCUCAGCAUAGAGGUGUAUGCUGAUGUCUUCACUCCACUCACCACCAGCGACAGGGCAGCUGGACUCUGGCAGCCGUAUCUCUAUGACAAGGGGAAUGUGCAAGAAACUAAAUGGAACAAAGAGACAUUUGACCAUCUACUAAGUUGCCUCAGCUCUCCAGAUUCAGUGAGAAUGGGAAUCUUCCUCCAGUCUGGUUACAAUCUGUGCACUGAACCCCUGCCGAACCCCUCAUUUAAAGAUACCGUGUUGGGCUUUCGCCAGCUGACUAAACGUGAACUAGACAUGUUCCCAGGAUACAGUUUUGGGUGGUUCAACACUGCUCUGAUGAUUGAAGGAAAGACAUACCUGCCCUGGCUUAUGGACUGGUUAAGACAAAGAAAGGUCAGGUUUUAUCAGAGGAAGAUUGGUUCAUUUAAAGAGCUUGCAGAUAGUGGUGCUGAUGUUAUCAUCAACUGCUCCGGUGUCCGAUCAGGAGACCUUCAGCCAGGCAGAGGACAGAUCAUUAAGGUAGACGCUCCCUGGUUGAAACACUGGAUACUCACACAUGAUUCCUCAUCAGGAGUUUAUAACUCACCGUACAUCAUUCCUGGGAGUCGUUUAGUCACUGUGGGUGGAGUUUUCCAAGUAGGAAACUGGAAUCUGCAGAACAGUUCUGUUGACCAUAAAGGAAUCUGGGAAGCCGCCUGCAAGCUUGAGCCCAGUCUACAGCAUGCACGGAUAGUAGAGGACUGGACUGGUCUCAGGCCCGCACGCAGCAAAGUUAGAUUAGAGAGAGAGACCAUACGGUCUGGACCAACCUCGUUUGAGGUCAUUCAUAACUACGGACAUGGAGGUUUUGGACUGACCAUCCAUCGUGGAUGUGCUGAGGAAGCUGCUCGUCUCUUUGGUCAGAUCCUGGAGCAGAAAGGCCUGCUAGCACACUCUAAAUCACGUCUCUAAUAGAUCUGGGCCUCUGGAUGUUAUAUACAGUAUCAAUUUUAUUCUCGCUAAUCUAAUAACCAUUGUCAUACUGAUUCCAAGAGAAAAUGAAUCUCCAGAACUGAAUACAUUUGUCUACAUUUAUCUCCACUAAUCUAUAAUAAAUAUACAUACACUCACUUUCUUUUUCUUGAAGCAUAAUUUAUUGUUAUCAUACAUGUACAUCCAGUGCAGUGGCAAGAGAUCUGUGCACACAGACACAAAACACGGCACUAAAUCGCAAAAGACAGGCAACUCUCUGCACUCACAGGAACAACUGCACGCUUCCCAUCAUGCCACACACAUACCCACUGUACAGUUGAAAAGGCAGAAAUACAAAUAACCGAAUAUAGCAUUGAGCGAUUGUGCUGAUAAAAACAAAGAUUGUUGCUAAAUGUUCAAGUUGUGUGUUCUGAUGCAAGCCAUUGUUUGAAAAAUGUGCUUGGAGGCUGAUGUGCUAGAAUAGACAGUAAUAAAAUAUAUCUGACCCAAAGGCCUGUACUGUUGAAAGCCACUUGCUAUUGUUUUAUUCUUAUUGAGCUGUAUUUUAAGAUUAUAAUUAUCCAAUAACCUUUGAUAUGCCUGAUUAUAAGGGAUCAACUGUAAUUUAUACACUUUAUAUGAGUGAUUGCAGUUGGCAGCCGGUGAGAGGACGAAGAGAGGUGCUCUCAAGUGCUGAGUUUUGUGAAAUGAAGACUUUGGUGUCCACUAGAUACGUCACUGGUGUCAGUGAAAGUAUAAAACUAUGAAUGGCUAACAAUUAACAAUUAAGUAUGGUAAAUGGUUCUUUGAAAAAAGCAAGAUAACACC